UCUCUCGUCCUUAAAACUCCUGGAUCCCUAGCCUGUGGACUUCUCUCCUCCCUUCCUCCGCCCAUCCCACACUUUCACCGACACAAACCCAACAACAAUUCUUUCCCACCUCUACCAACUCGAAUUAAUCAAACAAACAUGUCAGCCCCCGCUACCAAGUACAAGGUCGCUGAUAUCUCCCUUGCGGCCUUCGGUCGUCGUGAGAUUGAGUUGGCUGAAAAUGUGAGGUUUGAUGCAAACUCGCGCUAAGUAUGCUCAAGAUCAACCUUUGGCCGGUGCCCGCAUUGCUGGAUGUCUUCACAUGACCAUCCAAACUGCCGUACUUAUCGAGACACUCACCUCCCUUGGCGCCGAAGUCACCUGGUCCUCGUGCAAUAUUUUCUCUACUCAAGACCAUGCUGCGGCUGCUAUUGCCGCAACUGGUGUCCCUGUUUUUGCCUGGAAGGGUGAGACCGAAGAGGAAUACAACUGGUGCUUGGAACAACAACUUAUCUCAUUCAAGGAUGGGAAGAGGCUGAACCUCAUCCUCGAUGACGGUGGUGAUCUUACUGCUCUCGUCCACAAGAAAUACCCCGAGAUGCUCAACAACUGCUAUGGGUUGUCUGAGGAAACUACUACCGGUGUUCAUCACCUUUACAAGAUGUUGAAGGAAGGAGCUCUCAAGGUUCCUUCAAUCAACGUCAACGACUCCGUUACCAAGUCCAAGUUCGAUAAUCUUUACGGGUGCCGUGAAUCUCUCCUCGAUGGUAUCAAGCGUGCUACCGAUGUCAUGAUCGCUGGAAAGACUGCCGUUGUUGCUGGUUAUGGUGACGUUGGAAAGGGCUGUGCUGACGCUCUCCGUUCGUUCGGUGCCCGUGUUAUCGUCACCGAGAUUGAUCCUAUCAAUGCUCUCCAGGCUGCUGUUUCCGGGUACCAGGUUACCACCAUGGAGGAGGCCGCUGCUCAGGGUCAGAUCUUUGUUACCACCACCGGUUGCACGGAUAUCCUGACCGCCAAGCACUUUGAGGCCAUGAAGGAUGAUGCCAUUGUUUGCAACAUUGGUCACUUCGAUUGCGAAAUCGAUGUUGCCUGGCUCAAGGCAAAUGCCGUUAAGACUGUAUCUAUCAAACCCCAGGUUGAUCGUUUCCACAUGAAGAGCGGCAGACGUAUUAUCCUGUUGGCUGAGGGCCGUCUUGUCAACUUAGGAUGUGCCACUGGUCACUCUUCCUUUGUCAUGAGUUGCUCUUUCACCAAUCAGACUCUUGCCCAGAUCCUGCUUUACAAGGGCCAGGACACUGCAUUCACCUCCAAGUACCCCGAGUUCGGUAAGGCUGCCGGCAAGCUUGAGGUUGGUGUCUACACCCUCCCCAAGAUUCUUGAUGAGGAAGUCGCUCGUCUUCAUCUGUCUCACUUGAACGUCAAACUUGAGACUUUGACUCCUAAGCAGUCCGAGUAUCUCAGUCUCUCGCCCGAGGGACCAUACAAGUCUGACAUCUACCGCUACUAAACUUUGUAAAAACAAACGUCUUGAGAGUCCAGUUUUGAUGAAAACGUACCUGUCUGUCCUCAACGGCAUUCCUUACGUGUUGGGUUUUCCAAAAUAAAAUUGUGAAAAUUGCUUUUUUUCCCUUCCAUUUUAUGGGUUUCUUCUGUUUAUUAUGGUUCAUGCAAGGGAUGGGGCGUACUUGGUCUUCAACAGUUACCAGUAGGGUGAAAUAAAUAUCACUAGAUUCUUGGUGUAAAAA